UUUUCCAAAAUAACUUAUGAUCCCUGUAGAUGGCGCAGUAGUUCUUCCGCCAGUAAGGGUGCUUGUUGACUCAGAAGUCCUGCAAUAUUUUCAGAAAUAAGAACAAUGCCAAGAGGUAAAGGCGGCGGCGGGGGCGGGGGCGGCCGUGGUGGCAAAAAGAACCACAAAGGCAAGAGUCGCCACUUCACAGAUCCUCGUGAGAUGGAGCAACAGGAUGAGAAAGAUGCCAAAGCCAGAGAGUGGAGGAAAAAGAAGGGCAUAGAAGACAGUGAUGAUGAAGAGACGGAAGAAAUAAACAAGCAGGGUGCUGUUGGGGAACUGCCACCCGCAGGGUCAGAGAGUGAAGAAGGAUCAUCAGAGGAAGAGGAGGCUCGUCCUAAGGGUGUAGAACAUUUGAUAGAGAUUCACAAUCCAAACCGAACAGGAAACAAGACAUCACGAAAAGUUACAGAAUUAGAUUCAAAAGCUUCAACCCAGCUGUCAAGGAGAGAAAGGGAGGAACUGGAGAAGCAGGAAGCUGCCCGGCGGUAUCAGCAGCUGCAUGAAGAAGGCAAGACUGAGGAGGCGCGUGCAGAUCUUGCUCGACUCGCCCUCAUUAGAAAACAGAGGGAAGAAGCAGCAAAGAAGAAAGAGGAUGAAAGAUUAGCUAGAGAAGCAGCGAAGAAACCAGCCAAGUCUUGACGACCUGCUGUAUAACAACUCAUGAAUUGUUCUUUAUGAUUCAGUUAAUGUUAUGAAGUAUACCCAAGUACUCAAUCCAGUCUGUAGAUGCAUGAUCAUACCCAUAAGUUGCUUCAUUGCAUCUCAUCUCACAAUACGUUGUUGCCACUAUCAGUUGCAGCUUGGCACUGAGACUGUUGUGGUUCUGAUUACCCAGCCCCGAGGACCCAAAUGAUUCCUUCUUCCUUCAGUAUUGUAAAGACUCUGAUCUCCUACAUUGCCCAUUUCUGUUUUUCAGCACCAUAUUAGUGGUGCUUGCUUUCACUAAAACAAUAAUGUCUAUGACCUGCAUCACUUUCGGUUUUACUCCCCCAUUAAACAGCCUGCAGCGAUGACCACCCCCAUGCCUAAUGGUUCUCUACCGACAAGGAAGUACUAUGAAAUAUACACCUAGGAAGCAGUUAAGUACCACUUAAUAUGGAAAUAUAUAUAAUCAUAUCUUGUGUUAACUUUCUGAUGAAACAUUUGUUUUUGUGUACAAAGUCACAUAUAGAUAAACAGAAAGCCAAAUUGACUCUACAAUGACAUGUUUUUGAGUGUUCCAUGACAAAAGUUAUUUGACUACCUUUCCAAUUGCAACCUCUGCUUUUUAACAUCGUGUGGUGGGAUCCAGUCCUUGUGUACAUACAAGGAAUAUUGUGUUCUUUUACCAACUUUACAUCAUGUAGCAGUUGUGUCUUAGACGUUUAUCAAAACAAGGUCAAUGUCAUACCAGUAUGUACAUACUUCCAAAAGUACAUGCAAGUUUGGAAUACCGGUAUAGGAAAAUAAAGCUAUAUGUAUCAUGAUGGAAAUAGAAAAAAGUACAUCGCAGAAGCAAGUUUUCUGUUGCAGUCGAUUUAAUUUUUCAUGUGAAACAAAAUAAAAGGAAACUGUUAGUAUUUGUCAAAACAUUGUCAGCAAAUUCGUGCUCCAACAAACAAAUAAGAGACCCAUGUAGACCUAAUGCCUUCCUUUGUAUGUGUGCCCAUGUUUCCAUGUGUGUAUGAAAGACAGGAUAUGAAACCCACAUCUCUACCAUUGUGAGGAGAAAGUUGUGGACACCCUUAUCUUGGCUUUCAUUUGAUCAGAACCACAACAUUGUAUUAUGCCAGGCAUCAAUUCUGAUGCAUUGUAUUUAUGAAAGGUCCAAAUUCAAAGGUAACUUUAACGACUUGAAGACGUCAUAUAAACUCUGUAUGAUCUAAACAUACGAUACCUUCUAAAUAAUAUCUACCGGUAUAUAAAUACUGUAUUACUACAUUACUAAAACUAUAUUGUUGUUUUUUUGACGACUGUACUUGUAAUUUUGAGACAUGUAUAUAUACAAAUUCACAUACAUACCUGUUUGAUAAUCCUCCGAUCUGUGUGGAACGCAAACUGUGCCUGUUUUUGGCCCCGAGUUGGUCUUGUGAUCACAGGGGCCUAGUGGAUGGUGACACUGGUAUUGAAUUAAAUUGAGGCUUGAAUUUGCAUUUUCUUACUAGAAAAACAUGUGCCAGAAUUUCUUUUUAUUUAUUCUUUCUUAUCUGCACUUAUAAAAUGAGAGGCAAAAGUAGGUUCUAAUCCUUGUUAUUCUUAUUGUUAAUCGACUACUGGAUAUAUUUUCAGGGGAUUCUGUAGCAAUCCAUUGUUAGUUCACAGGUUUAUAUAACAUAUGUUUCUCCAUCACCUGUGAAUACAUACAGCUGCUAUGCAGUGUAGUCAGUUUUUGAACCAGGAAAUAAAGUAGAGAGAUGGGAGGACAGCGAUGACCUUUGCUUACAUCACAUCUACUGCAUUGUUUCUUGCUUGACAUGUGCCAAUACCUUGUGGCUGCCUGCCUUACACACUGAAGCAAGGUCGGGUUUGCACAGCAUGAGGCUCAUUUCAACCUGAGUUAUGCACAGCGUCGUUUCAUCAGCUUAUAAAAUAAGGUGUGUCAUCACAACACUGCAGUGGUCAUGUGUAUUCAUGGGUGAUGGAGGCACAAAGUGUAUACAAACAUGGGAAGUAUCGACGAUGGUAGCAAUCUAAUAGAUGCUUUCUCAGGUCUUGGAGAAAUAGGAUAGCAACCGUCACAGAAGUGAAGGAAUUUCGUAGAUUUAACCUUAAAGUACCCUUGAAGGUGGGUCUGCACCAGUCUGUAAUUAUUACAUUGUUUAAUAUGAGGAAUAAUGUGCUAUGAUAUACCACUUUUAUUUGAUAUAUGUAUUGUGAAAUAUGCAAUGUCUUCAAUGAAAUUACAACUUAAAA